AUGGCCAGGGUCCAAUGUCUAGUUCUUCUUGGUUUAUUAGUGAUUUCAAGUUUACUUAUGUUAACGGAGAGCCGAGUGGCAAGAAAAGACUUGGGGAUUGACCUAGGUGGGAUUGGGGUCGGUCUAGGCGUUGGAUUGGGGAUUGGUCUUGGCGGUGGAUCAGGCUCUGGUUCUGGUGCAGGUGCAGGUUCAGGUUCUGGAUCAUCACCUAGCUCUAGCUCUAGUUCGUCAUCAAGUUCGAGUUCUCGUGGUUCGGGUGGUUCAGGUGCCGGUUCAUUUGCUGGAUCUAGAGCUGGAUCUCAGAUCUCUUAA